UCUUCCGGCUCAGGGCCUCGGAGCUGAGGCCCACGGUGGAGGCAUCCGGAAGCUCCCGGAAGUGGCCUGGCCACAGGCGUCCGGUGCGGGUCGGGAAGGAUGGCGGUGGCCACCAUGUUCCCGGGGCUGGCACGGGUUUUACCCAUCUCUAGAUUGGGAGCCUUCUGGGGAUUAGGGACCAUGCCAUCACCGUAUGCUCAGAUUCUAACACAGAUGCUUGCUCUGUCAAGGCGCCACCUAGUGUCCCCCUCUCUCAGCACACCAGCAUUCAGCCGUUUCUACAGAGGCGACAGCCCAACAGAUUCCCAAAAAGACAUGAUUGAGAUUCCUUUACCUCCGUGGCAGGAGCGAACUGAUGAAUCCAUAGAAACCAAAAGAGCCCGGCUACUGUAUGAGAGCAGGAAGAGGGGAAUGUUGGAAAACUGUAUCCUGCUUAGCCUCUUUGCUAAAGAAUAUCUGCACCGCAUGACAGAGAGACAGCUGAACCUGUAUGACCGCCUGAUUAAUGAGCCCAGCAAUGACUGGGAUAUUUACUACUGGGCCACAGAAGCAAAACCAGCCCCAGAAAUCUUUGAAAACGAAGUCAUGACCAUGCUCAGAGACUUUGCUAAAAACAAGAACAAAGAGCAGAGACUGCGCGCCCCAGAUCUCGAAUACCUCUUUGAAAAGCCGCGUUGAGCUGUGCACUACUGCCCGCCCUGGGGGCUCAGUCCCCGGACCCUUACUUAUGACAGGCAAUGGCCUUGACUCCCCGCCUCUCUGUAGACAGCCCACACAGGCCACUGGCUUGCCUCAAAUGAUGGCCCCGUCUCUCAGGACUUGUAGACGUUCAUUUGGACCCAUUCUAACAUUUCUGUUCAGGUUUUAGGCCCCAGUCAGUGUGGCCGGUGCUCAGGUCCCAGUGUCUGGCUGCUGUCCCCAGAGGCAGGCCUCUGCCACAGGAGGGCGCUGGAGGGAAGCGAUCGUGCUCCCUCCCUGCUUCAGCCAGGAGGGGAGGCGAGUGUGCUCGGUGCAGGGAGCUGCUGGUCCGUGUGGAAGGCCUCCCUGAGCAGCCCGGGGCUCUGUUCACGUGAAAGCCCCCCCUUUCCGCCCCGGUGCCAUCCUUUCUACCCGGGGAAGCGGACCCAGGCCCCCUGAGCUGAGUCUUUCGAAGGCAACGCGGGCAGCAGGGGGCCCACACUGGGCCCGGCGUGUAAGACUCGGCUUCCUCCUCAUCGCGUCUUCUCUCCAGUGUUCACUCUGUAAACCGAAAGAUCAUUAAAUAUUAAAGAAUAUUUCACAAAGGAAAACUACAGUC